GACAAGUCGUGUGUCAGUGUUGGCUAAUGACAGCGGCUGACAAACACACAUUCUAUAAAAUAUUUUGUCAUAAAAUUUGUUUUAGAUAUGGUCAAGAAGAAAAUAUUAAUGAUUUGCUUAGGCAACAUCUGCCGCUCGCCGAUAGCCGAAAUUGUUAUGGCAGAGACCUUGGCCAAGGCCAAGUUGGAUUCAGUUGUGGACAGCGCCGCCACCGGCUCGUGGCAUGUGGGCAAUCGUGCCGACCCACGUGCUUUGAACACACUGAAGAAUCAUGGCCUGGAGAGCAAACACAUUGUGCGUCAAAUUAACAAGCAGGAUUUCAACGAGUUUGACUAUAUAUUCGGCAUGGAUGAAGCCAACAUGGACGAUCUGCGACGUCUGGCUCCAGAGGGUUCCAAGGCUGAGUUGCUUAUGCUUGGCGACUUUGGACUUAGCAAAGAGAAUCGCAUCAUUGAGGAUCCCUAUUAUCAAAGCGGCUCAGAGGGUUUCGAGACGGCUUAUCAACAAUGCGUUGUAGCUUGUGAAGCGUUUGUCAAGCAGCGGCUGUUAAAAUAAUUCUCAUUCCAAUAUCAUCGUUUGUUAUGUAUAAAAUGAUUAAAUUGCAAUUGUAAUCUGUUUAAU